UCCACAAUGCUCACCUUGGCUAUUUUGCUUCAGGCUGGGUUCCCACCAGGGGUGAUAAACAUUGUUCCGGGCUACGGGCCGACAGCUGGCGCUGCCAUCGCUGAACACAUGGACGUCGACAAGGUUGCCUUCACGGGGUCAACAGAGGUGGGUCACCUAAUCUCACUGGCUGCUGGACGAUCUAACUUGAAACGAGUUACAUUGGAGUUGGGUGGCAAGAGCCCCAAUAUUAUCUUCGCAGACUCUGACUUGGACUAUGCCGUGGAGCAAAGUCACUUUGCUCUCUUCUUCAACAUGGGGCAGUGCUGCUGCGCUGGCGCACGCA